CGGCCAUUGAUGCCAACCGCCCCGGGGGUAUAUGGCGGGAUUGCUGCACCUGCCGCCGCUGACUGUGAUCGGGCCGGUCGUCCGCUCGUACGCCGUCUUCUCGAAAGGUCUGAGCCGGACUCUCCUCACCUUCUUCGACCUGGCCUGGAGGCUCCGCCUCAGGUUCCCCUACCUCUACCUGAUCGCCUCGCUGAUGCUGAACGUCCGCCUACAGGUCCAUAUUGAGAUUCACUAGUUCUGAGGUGUUUUGUUAGAGAUGAUCUAAUACUGGAACUACAAAUUUAAUGCUGAAUCAGAUUUAAUGCCAGCACUUCAGAAUAUGUGGAGUGUGGAAGAACUGAAGAAUAUUGGCUGUGCUUCCCAUCUUGGAAUUAAAGAUGAUGGUGAAGGCUCUUCAUCCAAUGAAAGCAGUUAUGGGAAUGAUGCUUACGAUCAUGAUACAACUAAUGAUGGUCACAUAUUUUGCACGCAGCCACAGGAUUUUAACUCUCUUUUUGGAGCAACCUUCCUGAAAAGAGUCUGGCCUGAUGUUAUACUGAAGCAUGUUCUGUUACUCCAAGUUGUCAGGAAUGAGCCUACUCUUUUCAGAAGGUGGCACAUUUUCCAUCAUUGUUUUGAAUCAGUUUUUCAGACAGCCCAUUUCUCUCUGGAUUUGGAGAGGGGGAAGAGAAAUCCAGAUGCAAUGUUUACUCAAAAUGCCCUGAUAAUUGACUGUCUACAAAGAGCCAUUCGGUCUUUAAAGAUGUUUGGAAUAUGGGUUUAUGUAGGGGAAGUGUUUGUGCACUUUACACAUUUCUGGUUGUUUGAGAGGCCACCUGACUGCAAAGCAAAUUGGCUACAAUUCAAGAAUCUGAAAGACAAAUCAAGUUUUUCACUUGCAUGUGGAUUCGAUGUGAGGAAGAAGUGGCCUUGGGAUCUGACUGGCAUCUUUUCUAUGUUUUGCAAAUAUCCGAUGCAGCUUGUGCAAACUAGCUGACCCUUUUAUGUUUCUCGAGCUGCUGACUUUGGAGUGCAUUCUUAAUUAAGAAAAACUGUUGCCUGAUUUGAAAUGUUCACCUUGCAAUGCAGUGGACAUUCGUAAUAAGGGCUCUUGAUCUUGCUGUUGUGUGGCAUGCUGUGCUUAAAGGUAAAUUAAAGUUAUCCAGUAAAAAUACUGCAAUUAUAAGAGCUUUCCAAGUACAUUUCAGUUUGUGUGUGCAGUCUUUAUCUAAUAACUUUGGUGUAAAAAUGAUUUAAGUGGCCAUUUUUUUUCAAGUUUGGCAUCAGAAAUGUGGCGUAGUGAUGGGUUUUUAUUUAGAUUUUUAUGUUUAUCCCUGCAAAAAGAAAAGUGAAGAAUAUUCUGGCUGGGCUAUCUGACAGGCAGUCCUUCCAUGACUGUAUUGUCCAUUGCUGAAGGGUAAUCUCUGGCCUAUUCUCCACAUCUUGGAGUCAGAAAGUAUCAAAUCUGUACCUUGGUGUCAGGUUCCUGAGCAAUGGAAAUUCCAAGGUAGUAGAGAACUUAUGAACUCAGUGGAUUUGGGGCCUCUACCUCAUAAUUUUUGGCAAAACACAUUUCCAAUUGUGUCAAACGAGACAGCCCAUAAACCUUCCUUACUACUGUUGAAGACUGACAGUACUCUCGCCUGUUACAGUCAUGGAAGGAGCAAUCCCAUUAUGCUGAUGAUCAACCAACCAGUUUUUCUUGCUACUUCACCAAGGUGAGAACAUGAAGAUAUGAAAACCAAUUCCUUUUGCUGCUCUGAGCAAAUGACAAUUCAUUGAUUAAAUUUUGCUUCAGUUCUACCUUUGCAGUGUAGCAGUCCACAAAUAAUUUUCUGGAAUUCGUUGCAGGUUUGUUGAUUUUUGUUAUGGGAGACAAGCUUGCACAGGGAUAACCGCAGCACCAGGGUGAAGGAUCUGAGGUUGGUACUGUUAGUUCAAGUGUUGAACACUGGGCAACAUUUUAAUUAUCCUUCUCGCUGGCCUGAAUGCUCCUAUUUUUGUUGUUUAUGUACGCUGAGGAACAAACUGGGCCAAGUGUUGAAUUGAAAUAUAAUCACUUUGGUACAGUUGAGAACAAAGGCAAGUCGAACUGUCAGGGCAGGCAGGGACAAAGCAGAGAAUAAGGUAGGACUGAUAAAUUAAACUGCAUUUAUUUCAAUGAAAGAGGCCUAACAGGGAAGGCAGAUGAAUUCGGGGCAUGGUUAGGAACUUGGGACUGAGAUAUCAUAGCAAUUAUAGAAUUUUGGCUCGGGGUUGGACAGGACUGGCAGCUUAAUGUUCCAGGAUACAAAUGCUACAGGAAGGACAGAAAGGGAGGCAAGAGAGGAGGGGGAGUGGUGUUUUUGAUAAGGAAUAUCAUUAUAGCUGUACUCAGGAAGGAUAUUCCCAGAAAUACAUCCAGGGAAGUUGUUUGGGUGGAACUGAGAAAUAAGAAAGGGAUGAUCACCUUAUUGGGAUUAUAUUAUAGACCCCCUAAUAGUCAGAGGGAAAUUAAGAAACAAAGUUGUAAGGAGGUCUUCUCAGUUAUCAGUAAGAAUAAUAGGGUAGUUAUGGUAGGGGAUUUUAAUUUUCCAAACAUAGAAUGGAACUGCCAUAGGGUUAAGGGUUUGGAUGGAGAUGAAUUUGUUAAGUGUGUACAAGAUAAUUUUCUGAUUCAGUAUGUAGAUGUACCUACUGGAGAGAGUGCAAAACCUGGCCUCCUGUUGGCAAAUAUGGCAGGGCAAGUGACUGAGGUGUCAGUGGGGGGAGCACUUUGGGGCCAGCGACUAUACUUCUAUUAGUUUUAAAAUGGUGAUGGAAAAGGAUAGACCAGAUAUAAAAGUUGAAGUUCUAAAUUGGAGGAAGGUCAAUUUUGAUGGUAUUAGGCAAGAACUUUCAAAAGCUGAUUGUGGGCAGAUGUUUGCAGGUAAAGGGACAUAAAUGAUUUGGAUGUGAGCAUAAGAGGUAUAGUUAGUAAGUUUGCAGAUGACACUAAAAUUGGAGGUGUAGUGAACAGUGAAGAAGGUUACCUCAGAUUACAUCGGUAUCUUGAUCAAUGGGCUGAGAAGUGGCAGAUGGAGUUUAAAUAAAUGCGAGGUGCUGCAUUUUGGGAAAGCAAAUCUUAGCAGGACUUAUACGCUUAAUGGUAAGGUCCUCGGGAAUGUUGCUAAACAAAGGGACCUUGAAGUGCAGGUUCAUAGCUCCUUGAAAGUGAAGAAGGCGUUUGGUAUGUUUUCCUUUAUUGGUCAGAGUAUUGAGUACAGGAAUUGGGAGGUCGUGUUGCGGCUGUACAGGACAUUGGUUAGGCCACUGUUGGAAUAUUGCGUGCAAUUCUGGUCUCUAUCGGAAAGAUGUUGUGAAACUUGAAAGGGUUCAGAAAAGAUUUAUACGGAUGUUACCAGGGUUGGAGGAUUUGAGCUAUUGGGAGAGGUUGAAUACGCUAGGGCUUGGAAGGUCGGGCGCUGAGGGGUGACCUUAGUGGUUUAUAAAAUCAUGAAGGGCAUGGAUAGGAUAAAAACCUUUUCCCUGGGGUAGGGGAGACCAGAACUAGAGGGUGGUAUAUGUAUGGAAUGAGCUGCCAGAGGAAGAGGUGGAGGUUAGUACAAUUGCAACAUUUAAAAGGCAUCUGGAUGGAUAUAUGAAUUGGAAGGGUUUUAAAGGAUAUGGGCUGGGUCCUGGCAGGUGGGACUAGGUUGGGAUAUUUGGUCGGCAUGGGUGAGUUGGACUAAAGAGGCUGUUUCUGUGCUGUGCAUCUCUAUGGCUCUAUGAAUUUGAUUAACUUGCAACUGUGCAAGAUACUGUAGCUGCUGGAAAUCUGAAAUAAAACCACAAACGUCUGGGGGAGAAAUUGGCACUUGUCGAGACACAUCAUGUUAAGGUUUCACUUUGGUUUUCAUCAGAGUACUUCUGAUAGUAGGUCAUUUGACCUGCAACAUUAACCCUGGCCUGGAUUUUACAGUGAUAAUGGCAAUGACACUGUCGGAUUACUCCUCUGAAACUGACAGUAAUUUUUGGAGUGUGAAGAUGCAUGGUUCGUUGUGGAAAGGUUGCUGUCAAUGAUUCUAGCCUUCCUAUUCGAUACACUGUUGUAACUUCCAUGAGUGAUCAUUUGAAAUCACUGAAGUGAUGAAACUUUGCCCUUCAAAGUGAGUAAUCUUGCAUUAAAGAAAAGCUCCAUCAUGUUGUGUUUAAUGUUCUCCGUUCAUAAUGCCAAACAGCCACUUUGGCCCUGAAAAACUAAUGUUUUAUUGUGAAAUGUCCAAUAUCCCUAUACUGAAUUUUAAAAAAGAUACUUUCCAAGUUUUUGCAUUUUUAUUUUUGAAGUGCUUUCAGCUUCUAUCUUCUCAUUCUAUGUGUUGAU